UGUUUCAUCACCAUCACCACGCGAUCCAAGUUUAAGCUGCACGUACGUACGCCAUGGAAGGUAAGAGUGGUCUCCGGGCUGUGAUCCUCCUCCUGGGCGCGGUCCUCGUCAUAGGGAGCUUGGUGCCGCUGGCCCAGGCAGAUCCGACGGCCGCCGCCACAGGAGCUGCGGACGCCAAGUUCUGCUGCAAGGACAAGAUAGGGAGCCACUGCUACGCCGCCUGCAUCACGCAGUACGGCCCCAUCCCGUUCUGCGCAGAAAUGUGCUGCUGUGUGCAGCUUACCAGCGGUAGAUGCCCGAGGCAAUGCCCUACCCCGGCCGACCCCAGACUUUUUCUUGCGAACAGCUCCACCUCCGACCUUCUCACCAGCAACGCCGUUGAGGUUGAGAGCUGCACGCUGAGGUGCUCGUCCAUCGUCUGUGACAGCAUGCGCAAUGUUAUCGAUGGCGGCAGCGAGGGGACGAAAGCCGUCGUGGAGCGCUGCGGCGAUGCAUGCGGCCGCUUCUGUGCCGGCGCCGGCGGCGCUGCAUCCCUUGAUGCUUAAUGGAGUACGCCCUCAUGCGUGCGUCCGGAUGCGCUAGCAGCUGCGACUACACUGAGCGCGGCCCAGAGCAGAUGCAUCUCUGUGUUUGCUCUUUGUUUUUUUUUUCAGUACAAAUAAUUGGAUUCCACCGUAUGAUGGCAUGGCACGUACCGAAGCCAGUGUGACGACGUCGCCUUGGAUGUGGCGCACGUUCUUCUUUCUUUGUUCCAGUAUAAGUUCAUCAUGGCGUGAUGUAUUGAUGCGUAUGUACGUGUCGAACGAGCUAGCAUGAUGUACUAUCAUCCUAGCUUGCCAAUGGAAUAAAAGUUUGCCGAUA